AUGGUGAACGCCGGCGCUAUGUUUUCACUCUUCUACAGAUUGUUGUGUUUUUGUGCGCUGGGCUGCAGUCAACUAGCGAGCGGCCAGGCGGACGAUGGAAAGCGGUUCAUCUGCCGGGCUAUACCCCUCAGCGGCGAUGCCAGUUGCCCUGUGACACUGUUACCCGAGCUAAACGCCGGGAGCCAGGAAGAGGAGCUCAGAAACACUGUGAUGCAACUUCGAGAGACAAUUUUACAGCAGAAGGAAAACAUUUCCAAACAGCAAGGCACCAUUAAUGAGCUAACCACCAAGCUGUCCCUCUGCGCCUCAGCCACCGACGAUAGGAAGUACGACAAGGGGGGUUCCUGGGGCAAAGAAAAGCAAAAUACAAUGGGAGAUGUUCCCAGAGAUCCAAAUGACACCAUCGACAGCCUUGGAAAAACCAUGCAGGGGCUCAAGGACCGGUUGGAAAACUUGGAGCAACACCAGAUGCGGGCCAACGUCUCAGGCGCCUCAUUCCCCAGUGAGCUCCGUGACCUGCUGCAGCGUCGCCUCGGGGAGCUGGAGAAACAGCUCCUGAAGAAAGUCAGCAACCUGGAGGAGGAGAAGAGCAUGCUGUCCAACGCCACAGCUGCCUACCGGCUGAAGACGGAGAGCACGCUGAACGCCUUGGUGGAGAGGAUCAGUGAACUGGAGAAAGGAGGAGGAGACUUCAAGUCCCCAGAGCAGUUCAAGCUGUCCCUCCCCCAGCGGACCAACUACCUGUACGGCCGCAUCACCAAGAGCCUGCCAGAGAUGUACGCCUUUACACUCUGCAUGUGGAUCAAGUCCAGCGCCACUCCCGGCAUAGGGACGCCCUUCUCUUAUGGUGUACCAGGGCAAGCGAAUGAGAUUGUGCUGAUUGAAUGGGGCAACAACCCAAUAGAGCUGCUCAUCAAUGACAAGGUUGCCCAGUUGCCUUUGGAGGUACGUGAUGGAAGGUGGCACCACAUCUGCAUCUCCUGGACAACACGGGAUGGCCAGUGGGAUGCUUACCAAGAUGGUGCGAAACUGGGGACUGGUGACAACCUGGCAGCAUGGCACCCCAUCAAACCUGGGGGUGUCAUAAUCCUGGGGCAGGAGCAGGACGUGGUGGGCGGGCGCUUUGAUGCCGGACAGGCUUUCGUGGGCGAGCUGAGUCAAGUGAACAUUUGGGACCGCAUUCUGAAGCCGGCCGAGGUCCAGGCUAUGGCUAACUGCAGUUCUUAUAUCCCCGGGAAUGUGAUCUCCUGGCUAGCAAGCAACGUUGAAGUGUUUGGCAGGGGAGCAUUCAAGCGGCCCUUGGAGGUGUGUCAGGAGCGACUGCCCAAUGCUUAA